CUCGUAGUCCGGUUUCCGUGGGUUCCUCGCGCUCAAUACAUUCCCCCGGUUACAUUCCCCUGGUUCCCUGUGCUAGUGUGUCAAUCUCGUCCCGCUUACGAGUACCACUACCGGUCUCACAUUCCGUCUAAAAUUCCGUCUCCAUGCCGACGUCAACGGACGGAGCGCAAGGCGCUCCGCCUCAAGGGCCUCUCGCGGCGCGCGUGAAAACAUACACGUCGGUGCAAAAGUUCAAGGAUAAGCUGAAGCUGCGCACGGCAGCGGGGGAGGUGAAGCCAGCGGUUCGGUUUUGACGCCUGGGGGAGGCAGCGCGCGGCCGAUGACGGGCGGCGAUCAGGGGAAACGACUGCUGUCCCAGUCGGCUGUAAAUCGAUGGCUAAAAGUGAACUCUCAAGACGCCGCCAAGUGCGCGGAAGCCGUCCACAAGCUGCUAGACGAGGGCGCGGAUUCGUUCGGCAAGCGCGCGGAGCUGAUGUACGCGCGCCGCCCAGACAUUUCUCCAGCAGGUCGACCUGCUGCACAACCGCUACUUAACUCUCGCGGCGCGCUACGAGCAGCUAUUCGUCACGUCGACGCACUACGCCGCCGCCGCCGCCGCCGCGACAGCGAAUGCGCGGCCGGGGAAGGCUUGGAGGAGGGGCUACUCUCUCCGCUUAUCAGCCCCGCGGGUUCCUCCGCCAAGCUGGCGGAAGACGGGGCUGGGGCGGAGGGUGCGGGGAAGGGCAAGGGGGGCGAAAUGUUUGUUGUCGAGCAGGAUGUGACUGCGAUCGAAAAGUUUUUUGGGCAGAUUUUGGGCAGUUUGGACAAGGUUUUGAAGGAGGAAGCAGGGCAAGGCUCGUGGGAGAACUGGUUGGAGCGUUAUCCGAGCUGAAACUGGCAGGGGAGGGGAAGGCCGAGGGGAAUGCGGAGGAGAACCGCGAGGAGGAUGCGGAAGCUAAGGGAGCUGACGUGUCUAAGAUAGCCCUAGCGCAGGAAGCGGUGGGUCGUGCUAAGGAGCAGCUUAGUACGCUCGUGCGACGGUUUAAAGCCGUCGCGGAGGAGGAGGAAGCGCUGAGGCAGAAGCUGGCCUCGUUAGAGUCACUUGAGGAGGAAAACGCGAUGCUGCGGGAAAUCGUGGAGGGGGAGGCGGAGGCGGGCGCGGGGGCAGGGGAAGGCGCGGACGGCGCAGCGGGGGCGGAGGCGGAGCUGGCGGAGGCGGAGGCUCGGCUGGCGGAGGCGGAGGCGCGGGCGGAGGGGGAAAGGGUAAGGCGGGGAUGCGGGACGACGAGAAGCAGGUUGCGCUGGAGGUUGAGGUGGGGCAGCUGAGGAUCCGAAAUAUGGAUCUAAAGCUGAAGCUAGACCGCCUCUCCGCUGCGCUGAAGGACUCCCGCGAGAGAGAGGCGCAAGCCGUGAUCGCCCUUGAGA